AUAAAAUAAAUUAUGUAGGGAGAGUAAUUGAUUCAUUUAUGAAGAGAGUGUGCCUCAAAAAAUUUAUUUUCUGCUAAAUAUCACUGUCCCACCAGCAGGACGACUACAUUUACUUCAAUGUUUGCAUAUGAAUUCUUAUCUAAUCAUGACAAACUGGAUAUUGAUUAGAAAGGUCCAAGAGUGUAGAUUUAACUCAAUAGGGUGGGGUGAUGCUUAAAAGGUUAAACUGACCUGUUCUUUUCAGACUAAACUGACAGCCCACAAUUGUGACUGUCUGUGUAAACCCAGCUAAUCUUGUUUAUUUGUGAUUUAUUAUUUUCUACACAAAAGCAUCCAACAUAAUCUAAAGAACAUUAUGUGAAAAAAAUGCUUUCUCUUCAAGCCAUCCGUAUUCGAGCCUAUGCAACUCUAAACAAGAACUGAAACUUGUAUUGUGAGUCUAUUUGCGUCUUCACGUGGCUCACUUCUUGUAAUCCUCACUGAUCCCAGGAGCCGCCAUGGAUCGUGUUAGCCUACUUUGGCGGUUGCGGCGUCGUGCCCGUCGAGGGGCCCUGUGCAUGGCACUGUUUUGCAUGACUAUGGCUCUCCUCUAUACGUUUUGUGCUGAAAACAGCAUACCCGUCACAGAUGCCAUUUUCGGGGUGAAAGCGAGAACUCGAGCUCAACCAAGGGCACAUUCUAUUGUUAAGGUAUUGCGAGGAACAGGGGGGUCGAAGCCAAUUUAUACAGACCCUCAAAAGCUCCCUGGCGUCAUUCCUGGAGAUCCUCAAAAGCCAAUUCCUAUCUUGUCAUCUUCCAACUACUCUAUGGAGAGCAGUAAUAAAGAACGCAACCUCAUGGACAAAAAAAGAGAUCGUGGGGUAUUUUACUGGCUUCUCGCUCACCCAUUAAGACGUGCUGUAGAGACUAUUUUUGGAGGCAGACGCAAAGGAAAUACGGGUGUUGCAGGUGGGGAUGCAGUUUUUUUCGGGCCUGAUGGGGCACUCGGAGAGGUCUGGAAUGAAGAGAUGUCAACCGCUAUGCUGGGGAAAAGGCUGAGGAAGGUGGUACAGAACUAUCAGGCAAUGAAUAAAUAUGGGGUUCAGUACUCUGGAGCGCAUCAUUCUAAACGGAGUAGACCUCAACUUCUGUGUCAGAUCAAAGAGAUGGUAAAAAUUACAACUUUAACACAAGACAUGGAGCCAUUUGCUGGGCUUUCAUGGGUCUCGCAAUUACCUCAACGCCAAUUUACCUCUGAUAUUGGCCCAUUCAAAACCUGUGCGGUGGUAUCAUCUGCUGGAUCUCUCCGAAAUUCUGGAUUAGGAAAAGAAAUCGAUGCACAUGAUGCAGUCAUACGGUUUAAUGCUGCACCAACAACAGGAUAUGAAAAAGAUGUGGGCUAUAAAACAACACUGCGUUUGAUCAAUUCUCAGGUAAUGGCAUCAGAAGAUCACCAUUUCCUAUCAAGUUCUUUGUACAGUGCAGGGAUUUUAGUAAGCUGGGAUCCUGCUCCUUACUCAUCUGAUCUGCGAGAGUGGUACAAUAAGACAGAUUACCCGAUAUUUAAACAGUAUCAACGAUAUCGACGCUUACACCCUCAACAACCAUUUUACAUUCUGCAUCCACAAACGGAAUGGCAGCUGUGGCAGCGAAUACAAGACAACAUGGGCGAGCCAAUACAAAGAAACCCACCCUCAUCAGGCCUGUUGGGCACUGUUUUAAUGAUGUCUGUUUGUGAAGUCGUCCACGUGUAUGAAUUCCUGCCAUCUAGACGUAAAACCGAGCUCUGCCACUAUUACCAACGCUUCAGUGAUGCUGCCUGCACCUUAGGUGCCUAUCAUCCAUUACUGUAUGAGAAGAACCUGGUAAAAAGAAUGAACCAGGGCUCGGACCGAGACAUCUAUACACGUGGCAGGGUAACUCUACCCGGGUUAAUGACACUUAACUGCACCCAUGGCUCCAUGUCCAGCACACUGUCAAAGACAUAAUCAGAGUGUGGAUAUGUUUUCUGGACACUUUCAGAAUGUAAACUGCAUGAUUACUACACAAGUGAAAUCACAUCUAGUUGCUGAGAAAGACCAGGAGUCAAUUCACUGGUGGCACUUUGCCUAAACUGAAGGUGGUAAAUGAAAUUAAGGCAGAACUCACAAAAACUUACCAUUAGCACCAAGUUGCUAAAUAAAUAUAUAUAUAUAUAUAUACACGGUUAAUGAGAUGUUGACAGAUGUACAGUAUUCCUUUACAUGUAAUAGUAAGUUCAUUAAUACUGUUUGCUGUUCAAAAAAUAUCUCACUUUUAAAUGAGACUGAACUGAUACCGAAUAAAUAAAGCUCUUCCUUUUAGAGUAAAAAUUAAGACAAAUCUCAACGCACAAAGCUACCCUGCCACUUUUAUAAUGUGCAGGUUUUCAAUGCAUGCAGCUGCAAUCCUAACAACACAUGCUUAUAACGUUGUUACAUUACUUACAAAAAAAAAUAGACAACACAACCAAAUAACAUACUCCCCUUGUUAAAGGUCCUGUUUUUUCUGAUCCCAUUUUCAAACUUUAGUUAGUGUGUAAUGUUGCUUUUAGUGCAUAAAAAAUACCUGCAAAAUGAUAAAGCUCAAAGUUCAAUGCCAAGCUAUAUAUUUUAGAAUUCCCCUUUCAAAGCCUACAGCGAACGGCCGGUUUGGACUACACCCCUCUACUUCCCGGUUUAAUGAUGUCAAUAUAAGAGUUAUUGACUAAACUCCGCCCACAGGAAUGCUUCUCUAUAUGGUUCCUCGUUUACUCGCUCCUAUGUCCUACAUCCUACGACCUAGAAACCGAUCGAGCUCCGCCAUCUUGUAGGGCAUCUCAAUUCUUUAAUUGCCCCCCGAGGAGGAAAGAACGAGGAGUUGUGCGGCUUUCACAUAGGACGCUCUGUACGCUGCGCUCGACCCUGGGCUCUGCUGGCCAGACCAAAGUAGGCGGGGUUUUCAAAAAAAUAAAUAGUGGAUGAGGAAUACAAAGACUGAUGUUGCCCAUCUCCAUUUCACGUAACUUGCCUACCUACAACAAUCUUCCUGACUUAAAACACACCUGACAUGCCAACUUGAAUUGCUCCAUGUUUCCAUGACACCUCUUUCCUUCCGAUGUCUCAGUAGGAGCGUAAACUUGUAUUAUAAAGCUCCGUGAAUUGCGAAACACACAGUAUAAGCUUUUCGUCCAUUUUGAUUUUGGCGCUUGUUUGGAUGCCCCGUUUCUAUUGGCCGCGUGGGUAAUCGUCACAGAGAGCAGCACAAAACUAUUUUGAACAUUGACCACGGCGUGAGCGCAAGCUGCCCUCCGCUGUGCUCGCGCUUUGCUCGACGCAGAAUAGGGCUGGGCAAAAAAAAAUCGAUUUUUCAAUUAAUCGUUUUUUAAAAUGUGGUCGAUUCAAAAUCGAUUCUCAAAGAGCAGAAUAGAUUUUUUCUUUCAUAUUUAUUUCCGCAAACAUUGAACGUAAGAUUAACGUUAAUUUAAUUACUAGUCUUCUUCACUAGAUGUCACCCUCUUUUUUGCCUUGCGCAAUGUUACCAAGGAGCGAGAGGCAAGCCUGUCAUUCAUUGAUUCAGUGCUUAAAAUGGCGGUUUCAGGUGCUUCAUUGACGUUGAUGCCACCUUCACAUAAAAAGUCAGAAGUAUGGAAGCAUUUUAGAAUUUACAAGCAAGACGACGACGAUAGUGUUGUGGCUUUUAAUUUUUUUUUAUGAAUUACCCACUUGUAAACGGCUGUUCUCUGUUCUUUUUUAUUAAUAUAGUAUUUGUAUUAAAUCUACAUUCAUUGAGUUGAAUCAAGAAUUGAGUAUAAAAACCAAACCGAGAACCUGAAUCGAAAAUUGAAUUGAGAAUCAAAAUCGAAUCGAUUUGAUAGCUUGUGAAUCGAAAUGGAAUUGAUCUGGAACAUCUGAAUCGAUACCCAGCCCUAAGCGAGAAUACACAAGUGUAUCCUAUGCGGAAGUGUUUUAUCAACUAAACCUGACGCACGUAUAAAUCUCCGCCCCCUUCACAUCGUCACGUCAUUAAACACACAUAAAUCUUGCUAUUAAUCAUUAAAUUAUUGUAAAUGUAGACUCGUUUCAGACAAUAUAUUUAAUAUUUAUGCAUAGACCACCAAUCUAUAUAAAUGAUCAGUGGUAUAGACAAAUAUACAGCACUUUUAAGAAUGUCUUUAUUAUAAUGUAGUAAGGAUUAUUUUAUUAUAUAUUUUGGGUUUUUUAAUGCACUUGAUAAUUUGAUAACAGAGAAUAAACGUUAUACAGAGAGUAAUACUUCGUUUCCUCCAUCCUUGCGAGCUAAGCUGUUGUCGAAUCACAACACACUAAACAAGCUACACAAUCAGAACUCGUUACGUAAUUCUAAAGGAGGGACUUCAUAGAACAAGGAAGACAUCAGCCCGUUUUUAGGACAGUAAAAACAGCACUAUACAGAUAAGUAAAUUGUGUGAAAAAUACUGCCAUUUUACACACAAAACAUGAACACAUGUUAUAUUGUGCACCAUAAACACAAUCACAGCUUCAAAAACACAGGAAAAACUGGACCUUUAAGCUUUAGACUGCUUUAAAGCUAUAAAGAAAGCUAUAUUUACAAGCUUAGAGAACGGUAUGCAUUUAAUAAUUAAACUUUAACAUGCUUUACAUCAUAGCACCAGUCAUAGGACUGUCCUUGCAUGCCUUACUAAAACUACAUAUAGCUUUGGUAAACCUGUAUUCAGUUGUAUUUAUAUUUUUGAUGAUAAGAAAUUGCAUGUUUGUCCUCUUUUACUAAAAAUGUUAUUUGAAUUUAACCACUUAUCACAUAAGCACACAUAAUAUCCCUUUAUUCUACUUCAUUUUUACAAUGAUCAACUAAAACCCCUCUUCCCCUUUAACAAUCUGACUUAAUUCUAGUAUGAAAUGCCCACGCUUAACAAUCUAAUCGAUUACUGAUGAAAGUCAGAUCCUGCCCUACAUUUUUGGUUCAAUAUUCUGUUUCACUCCAAAAUAUAUCAGAUUAUGGAAGUAAACAAGGCUGCAAAUAAUGUCUUUAAAACCAAAAUUAUUUUCCAUAAACUGAUAUAUAUAUAUAACAAAAUUCAUAUUUUUAUAAAGAAGAAGCUUGAUAUGCAACUUGUAGCAAAUUGCAGAUUACUGUAAUGACUUAUAAACAAGUAUCAUUUUUUCCCAUAUGUUUUAUAACAUCUUGUUUAUGAUAGAAUGUAGUUGUGUUUCUUGUAAAUGAACUUAGUUAUUGAAUGUACCUGAACAGUUCAACCAAUUCAACUCACAUGAACUACACUGGACUAUGCAUACUGAACUGUCCAAUGUAUCUAAAUUUUGUAUUGUAUUUUAUCUAUUACAUUUAUCUUUUGAAGGAUAGUUUUAGUAAUUUUAAUCUUCCCUGUCAGCAUUACAUUAUUUUAACGUUUACAGUCUAUGGGCCAUUCACAUUUCGCGUCUAAGGCUGCAUUCACACUUUUUAAUGCACAGAUCCGAUCUUUUGACCAUGUCUGAUUUUUCUUUAGACACGCCUCAUAUUCGAUGUCCGUGUUUACAUUAAACUCCCGCCCAGACAGAAUGCUAGCUUAACUGGGUAUAGUGUUAGCUAUGUUAAUACUGUAUCCUCAUCACGUAUUUAAAAUAAAGUCUUCCUCUGAAAAACUGUUGAGAACUUUGGGGGGUCGGCAGCUAGCUUUAUCACCCAAAAAUUCGCUCCAGUUGCUCAUAAAAUGGGCAAGUCGUUUUGUCCUGAAUACUGCGGUUAUUGUGAUGGUUAGAAGUAUUUUUUGUUUACACAUGUGCAGCAAUAUCCGAUCUGUGUCAGAUUUGAGCACUAAAUCCAAUUUUUUGUGCCAGUGUAAAUGCAGCCUAAAACCGUGCUGAAAACACGACCAAACCGCUUUCCUCCAUGAAGCUCGGGUGCUUGCGCUCCUGUAGCGUCUGCCGUUGCUAAGCAACCAUGAGCCGCACUCUCCAUAGAUUCAGUAGUGCGUCUUCAUGCAUUGUUUCUUUUGUUUGUGUCAUAAUAAUAGCGGCUUGACACAUUGUACAGCUCUGGGAAAUCCUGUUUAUGGUGUGGACACGGCAUUAUGAAAAGGUAAAAUAUUUUCAACACGCUGCAGGCCUCCGACCCACCUGUAAAAACUAGCGCAAAGCUCCCUAUUUGAACAUGCUUACUGCGCGUCUACAUUUAAAAUAACAAACUGGCACGCACAAAAGACACAAAAUGUGAAUGGCCCCUAUGGUGAAAAUUUGUACUUACUACUGUGAAAGUAUAGCUGAACUUUUUUGUUUUUGGAUGAAGUGUUUUUAUUUGGAUGUCAUUUAACUUACAAAAUUGGCUAUUCACUGGAGGUUACUGAAACACUUAUGGAUUAAUCCCAAAUCCUGAUACAUGGAUCACAAGUUUGUGUUAAUACUACUGUAUAGGUGACAGAUACUGUUCUCUAAAAAUGAAAUUAUAGACUUUUUAAAAUAUCAAGGGGUCUUUUUGUUCUUUUCAUGUCUAGAGUUGUGUUAUCUUGCUGGUGUAAAGAGACUUUGAUCUCGUGAAUCUCAAAUAAAACCUUUGCUACCUUUACUUAAUAGUCACAACAUAGAAAUGUUUGACUAAUUCAUAAUGUUUGACUAAAAAGUGGGAAAAAAACUUUCAUACUAUUUAUGUAUUUGGUAAAGACAAUUUAUAAGUCCGGCAAUCUGUAUCAAUGCUUCACAAUGGCGCCUCCUCUGUUGAUUGCUGUGAGGUCCACAAAAGGCACAUCACAGCCAAAUAACACAAACAAUUAAGAGCACAAGGUCUGCAGCAUUAUGUAUUAUUUCGAUUUAAUGAUCCAAUCCUCUGAUGCCCCACCUACAUUUAAAGCCAGAUUUUAUUGUCACGGGUUCAGUGGGUUUCUGUGCAUUAGCUAUGCUAUAUAUAAACUAAACACAAAUUUUCUUUCAUAAAACUGAAUGUGAAUAGGAUAAAUCACUAGGACUCAGCAUGUAUAUAUUCUUAGAUGAUAUUGUACUGCUCCUUGUAGGUUUGAAAAUAAGUGUAAUAUUGUCUGUUAUAUGCACUUCAUGGCACAGUACUACAAGGAUUAGCAGAGUAAUAAAACACUAAAACUGC